AUGUCUAAAAAGGUCGUGACCAAAAAGAAGGCGAUGCCGCCAGCAGAAAAUGGGGCACCUCCCGCCGCGCCUGCAAGCAGCGAUGUCCGUGUCGCGCAGCAGCUGCGAGUCCUCGAAACCGUCGCUGCAAAGGGUGACGCCGAUGAGAAGACGUACUCGCCUCGCACGGAGAGGUAUAUCCAGCAGCUGACAGAUGUGCUCGACUUUUUCGAGUACUCUCGAAGCGACAUUGCUGCUUUGGUUCGGCGGUGUCAUUUCGACGAGAAUCAAAUUCAGAUGGCAGUGGCCAACAUCGUUGAGGAUCGUGCAAAUCACGAGCAAGAAGAGUGGGGGACAGUGAAAAAUAAGAAGCAAGCGAAGGAAGAGCGAAAGCUCAAGGAAGAAGAGGAGAAGAAAGAGCAGGAGCGCCUCGAGAAAGAGCAGGAGAAGCAGCGCCGCGAAGCUGAGAGGAAGGCAGCCAAAGAAGCUCGAGAAGCGGAGCGUGCCAAGCGUGGCAAAGGUGGCGGCAAAAAUGGUGCCGAAGCCGAAAUGCCACCAGCUUCCCUGCCGCCCGAUCCGGCUAUCCUUUUCGCUGGGACGAAGCAGAGCAGCGAGGAUCAGGAGCAUUGGAAGGGCGGAGGCGGCGGAGGACAAUGGUGGGAGAGCGGCGGCAAUACGUCGUGGAAUAGCAAGAGCUGGGAGUGGGAGUCCUGGCGAGAAGACGACUGGAGCAACUCGAAAGGGCAGGAAGAUGGCUGGUGGGGCGGCCAGUGGGAGAAGGCUGGCAGCCGCAGGAAGGGCUACAAGGACAAGAAAGACUCACCAGCUGAGGAGGACGACGACGCAGAAGGCGUGCUUUGGGACAUGCCGGACACUUCCGCGCAGCCGGAUGAACAGGGUGGCCUGGAUCAGUGGACCCUGGGCCAUCUUCCCGUGCACGAGCGGCUGAUGGAGAGCGAACAGACGUUGGGCAUGCCGAAGGCCUUGCCAGAGAACGCACUGACAUUGGAGGAGCUGGAGCGCGAUCAUUUGGCAGCACCGGCAGCGCCGCCCGUGGUGCCUGCACCUCCGAUGCCUCAGGCAGCUCCACAAGUGUCGGCUCCCAUGCCAAACAUAGCGCCACCCAGCACGAAGCCGCUGAUCGACGCCCUGCCGCCACAGCAGGACCUCCUGGCAGCCUUAGGCAGCCAGCCGGUUGCGGCCUCGCCUAGCUCCGUGCCCGUGGCAGACGACAGAGGAGACAGACAGGACCGCGGCGACAAAGGCCGCGGCAAAGGGGGCAAAAAGGGCGGCAAAGGCGAGCGAGACCGAGCAGAGGGCGAGAAGGAGCGCCUAGAGCGGAUUGAUCGCUCAGAUGAUCCUCGGCGCCAGGCUGUCGAACAGGUUGGUGAAGUUGUCACCGUCCGCAAGCACAGUUCGAUGGGCUGUGCCGUGGUCUCUAUGUCAGACGUCAGAGUGAGACAGGCGAUCGUGGAAGAGGGCAACGAGUGCGUCAUCAAUGGCAUCAAAGUCCAGAUCAAGCCUCACACGAACAAGGAAACGAAAGAAGAGGUCUUGACCGACUUGUUCGUUGCCUGGGGUAGACAGGCCGAGAAGCAGAACCCGCUGUCGGAGCAGACAAUAGCCAAGUACUUCGACACUAAGCACAAGGAACUCACCGGCUCAUGGAAAGCUGCCGAAGAGGAGAAGCUUCGUGCUGAAGAGCAAGAGCGUCGGCAGCAGGAGCAAGUGCUCAGAGAGAGGACGGAACAGCGAAGGCGCUACGAAGAGCAGCAAGAGCAACUCCGCCGGCAACAAGAGGCGGGUGUAUGUACUUGUGCAAUUGUUGCUUAUCCGGAGAAGCCUUCUUGUAGGCUGUGCCCUCCUUGUAACGCAGCACGAUUGAAGCCUUCAUCAUGA